CUUUCUCUCCGCUGGCUACUUUAUAAGGGCGAGCAUGACUCGGUCUACUGGCUACAUUCCUGUGUCUCAUGAAAUGUCUAACUUCUUCAGCACUUCUCCUAUUUUCAAAACUCGUGAAUCUACUAUUGUAUUCAGCUUGAUCUGUUUGGAAGCGGUUCUAGUAUGCUUCUUGGAAGGCUUCGUGGUGAUGAAUCACUUGCAAUUGGUCAGCAACUGUAACUUAUCACCGGCUGCGGAAGGUGUCAGCGUCUCUGAUUUGAUUUACCAUGCUCUUUUCAUCGUAUCGCAAGUCUUUCAAAUUGUUCUAUGCGUAGACGCUCUUUACCAAAGAAAUACAGCACAACUGAUUGCUCUAGUGCUCUACGGUCUCCUCGUUGUUGCUACGGUGGCAUUCAACUCCAGCAACAUAUCAUUUUGGAACAGAUUGGAUGUGGUAACAUCGACUAUUGGGACCCAGUUGAUCCUCGAUGGAGUAGAGACCCUGCUGGUCAACAAAUGGCUAUUCUCUAUUACGAACAUCGUAUGCGACCUUUAGAGUAUACCAUUAUUGCUCUCAUCCCAUUGUUCUUUAUUGUCAUUGCCUUCUUUGCCUGGAAACUGCGAAAAAGCUUUGCAUGGUAAAUAUUGUUUCAUCUCGCUUUGAAAUGUUUUGCUUUUUCUGACUGGUUUGUUCUAAUUUAGGGAUAACUAUCGCAACUUUUCGGCUGAUGUCCGGUAAGUUCAGC